GAUGAACGAAGUGACGGCAGUUCAGAUUUUGGUUUUAUAAACUCAGGCAGGAAAGUGACCAGACGACAUUUCACUUCUGCUGGAUGUUAGCAGACGAUUUGGUUUUAUAUCUAGUUGUCAAUGAGCAGAUUCCUAACUUUUGCAGGAGCUAAUAUUGACAAGAAAACCGAGAAUUUUUAUAUACAUUUUUAAGUGUUUUCAUUCAUGGACUAUACUUGUUAUUAACUUUGCUAAAUAAAGAGUUCAUUGAUUUGGCAUCUAAGUGUUAGCGUCAGUUCUGCUCGGAAAUAUGGGUUUGGGUUUGAUUCUAAAGUAGGAUUUCGAACAGUUCUCUUGACUUUCUUGGGUAUGGAAAAAAUCUGGACUGUAUCUGCUCCGUAAUGGAACACUAUCAGACAAAGCAGCAUUAGUGGACAUCAACGGACUUAAUAUCUGGACAUGAGCUGCUGUUGACCUGAAUUCUGGCUACUUCGUCUAAGUUGGCUACUGCCCUGCAGAUCGAAUAAAAGAAUCGGAAAUCGCUAAUACUCAACUACAUCAUAUAUAUGUGAACUACAUACAACUGUACAUCUACAGCUUUCUAUGCAUCGUGUUGUUCAGCUAUAGAAUUGCAUAAUUGACAACACCAGUUGACUGAAGGCUAACACUUGCCAACUGGUAUAUUCCGGAUACAUUUGGAAUAUAGUUGGGACACACUUUUCAAUGUCUAUGGCUACAGAGGCAGACACCAGUGGCUGUGAUUCCAACUCCUACUACAGCAGCAGAGGACACAGCCAGCACCACUAUGGUUUUAACCAGUCGCACAUACAGCAGCAUGGCGUCGGGCGCCACCACAUCAUUUCCAGCAGUAAUUUCCUGACUGAGUCCGAGAGGGCGUUCCGCGCUCUGGACGCCGAGAGCAGGAUAAGCCACGCCAGCGACGACAGCGAGGACAACGACAAGCUCAUUUCCGUGGACGAGUUUGACGAGAGCGACUGCGAGGACGUCCGCAGCUGCACCACUCUCAGCCCCACCCCGUCCGACCACACCGUGAACAGCAGCUCCUCUCGGCAGUACAACAGCGCUGGCGGGCGCAGCAGUGGAGGAAACGGCUGCGGGAAGCUGCGUAAGAAAAGCGGGAUCGCCUCCAAGGUGAUGGAUGAGCAGGAGCUCCAAAGUCUGAGGCUGAAGAUUAACAGCCGCGAAAGGAAGAGGAUGCACGACCUCAACUCCGCCCUGGAUGGGUUACGCGAGGUCAUGCCCUACGCCCAUGGUCCAUCCGUGAGAAAACUCAGUAAAAUCGCCACGCUUCUGCUUGCCAAGAACUACAUCCUCAUGCUGAACUCUUCACUGGAAGAGAUGAAGAAACUGGUCAGUGACAUCUACCACAACCACGGUCAGCCUAGACCGGCAGUGCCUGCGCCACCUCCCUCCCUGCCCCCAGCGCCCCAACCAUCUCCAGCAGUAGCCCCCUCAGUGGUGCCUGUCAGUUCGAGUAGCAUCCCCGCCAGCACCAGCACUUCACCAUCUGAUUCCACCCUGAGGUCUAACUCUCCCAGGCCGCAGAGUCCUCGCUGUAAAUCACAAGAAGGCAACCUUACCCCGCCACGCCCACUUCAUCAAUCAAGCAUGCCACAUUCACAACUGGCGGGAAACCCUAUUCCCCAUCAUCAUCUGGGCGCUCCCAUUUUCCCCCUGCCCAUUCCAGCAUUGAGGGCGGCUAUGCCCGCACUGUCGCAUCACGACAUCAGCGCCCUGGCGUCGGCUUACUCCGUCCCGAAAUCUGACCUUGCGGCGCCCCUGCACGGCAUCCACGCCUUCUCCCCCCACGAUCGCAUGCACCCGUUUCAAAGAUGGCCGGUGCCCUGCGCGUGCGUUCAGUGUUUGAACGGUACGGGACACUUAUCUCUAGGGCUGCACUUGAGCCGACUGUCGCAUCCGCUCCUGUCUUCAUCAAAUACAGUUCAACGCAAGAGUUAGAGAACUUUGCAAAAACAGCUGAGUAGUGUCCCCUUGUCUGAGGAACACUAAAAUAAAAAAUAGAGCCUUAUGACACGACGUCAUUUCAAACUCUUUAAAAAUCUAUUGGCGAAAAUAUUUGUUUUCAAAGAUUCAAUCACACACAUAAAAUGUUAGACCUAAAGACAAAUAUCCUACACACACAUGCAAUUUUUAUCUUUUUUUGUUUGUGAAAAAGGACCAAUCGAAAAUAACAAUGUUUUUAUUUCACCUUAAAUAUCCGUUAGACAAUAUUGCAUAUUAUUAUUGACCAGUUCAUAUGUAUUCGCUGUCUAAAUAAAAACUGACUACGUAAAACUGAAACAUUGAGGAAUGUAUUACAUGCUACAUGGAGGAGGUUUCACGAGGAUGUCACGUGGCCAGAACAACGACCAACCACUUUUUACAUGCUCCCAACUAAUGCCAGGCGCCCAUUAAGAGAUGGAAGGACUGAGAGGAGUCCAGAAAAUCUCGAAAUUCCAAGUCGAUUCGAACGUGAACCUUUGAUUUGGAAACAUAGCGCCUUACUGCUCGGCCACUAAGUCCUUAAAAUUAUUUCAGAUCUCAUCAGGCACUAUAACCAUUUCUUUGUUUCAAAUGACUUGUUUAUUUUAAAUUGCUCGUUUUGUUUUAAAAUAAUUUGUUAAAUAUCUAGCACCAAGAAUGUGUUAAAUUGUAUUCACUACAAAUGUAAGCAGACUAAAAGAAGUGAAACAAGUAUCUAGUGAAAAGUAGUUUGCUUUAACAAAAACCUGGUAAGGAAAUCAAAUACUUGGAUCUAAUAACAAUCAGAACCAUAAAUCUAAUACAGUGGUUCCCAAACUUUUUCCUUAAUGGAACACUUCGCACAUUCUGAGUAUCUAGUGGAACACUUUGCUUAUUUUUUUAGAGAGAUUCACAUUGUGGCCUACUAGAUCUAGAUCUAGUUUAUGAUUCCAGUAGUUGGUGGAACACCUAUUCAGGUCUCGCGGAACACUGGGCUACAUCGGAACAUAGUUUGGGAAGCGUUGGUCUAAUACAUCCCCCUGGUCUCUUUAGCUUGUGAGGGCAUGCGCUAAUACUGCCCUUGUUGGACAAUGGCCACUGAAGAGUUUAGUUUAACUCUGUACGACAUAUCUGUGAUAAAUUGAGACAUUGAUAACAUUAUGUUUUCUUUAUUGCUGAUGAUCUAUUCAAAUUCUUAUUUUCUUUGUGUGUGUUUCAUGAACGAUGCGAGACCCAAUUGGUAAAACAGUGCCACCACCCCUUUGUAGUUUGACAAGCUUUAUAUGGCACAUAGUGCUUGGUUUAGUGAACGUACGAUUGCUCAUUUGCUGGUGUUACUAUUUCCUCCCCCCCCCCCAGUACGUUAGUACAGAAGUCCGCAGUCAUCUUCUAUUUAGAAAUAAUGUUCGUAAGACUUAUUGAUUUGAUUGAUCAUUUAGGAAUAAUGUUAGUAAGACUUAUUGAUUUGAUUGAUUAUUUAGAAAUAAUAUUAGUAAGGCUUAUUGAUUGAUUAUUUAGAAAUAAUGUUAUAUAAGACUUAUUGAUUGAUUAUUUAGAAAUAAUAUUAGUAAGGCUUAUUGAUUGUGUGUGUGUGUGUGUGUGUGUUUAACAUGCCUUUCUGUAUAUGCUAAAUCAUCGCCCAGGUAUAGCUUAAUUAAUUCACUAUAUUAUCUUAUAAAAUUCCUCGUUCCAUAUGCUAGGACAAAUUUCUACAAAUAUCUCCUUCUUCCCUAGUGCUAUUAGAGCAUGGAAUGGGUUGCCUGAGCUAGCCAGGAAAACCAGUGAAUUGGCAGAAUUUAAGUCACUGGUUAAUAUGCAUGACUAAAUGCAUGACGCGUAGGACGUAAUCAUCUUCUUUUUUGAAGUAACGUCUGUAUUAUAUAAAAUAAGAUAAGAUAAGACGUUACUUCACAAAAGAAGAAGACGAUUACAUGUACGUCCUAGGCGAGUGCCUAGGUCAAUCUAGUCAUGCCAUUUAAUAAAUGACUUAAAUUCUGCCAAGUCACUGGUUUUCCUGGCUGACUCAGGCUACCCACUCCACGCUCUAAUAGCACUAGGGAAGGAGGAGCAUAAGCAAUACAGUCCCACAUCUUACAAAGCUUAAUUAUAUGUUAGCCUAUCCGUACAUAUCGCCUCUAAAAUAUGCCUUUUAUAAUUAAAUUCGAUUUGUCAUAUUUUUAUUAGAUUACUGUGUAGAAUUAGGCCUACAUAGAAAUUCGCUCUUAAUGCUUGCUCUAGAACUAAAUCAAUAUCCAAUACGCAUUUCUGUUUUUAAUUGUUUAAUUUUUAAAUUAGGGACACUGGAGGUUAAUUAUCCUGAAUUAAUCAUGGUUGAAUUACAUAGAUCAAAUUUCAACUACCCAUAUUGCGAUGUGUUUAGAUUGAACUCAAACCGAGAUGGUGUAUUUUUCUUGCAGUCUCUUUCUUAGCGUCUCGUUUCUGGUAACACGCGAACGCGAGUGACGUCCCUUUUUUAAUUGUACGUUAUCUAUUCUUUCUCUCCUAAUUAACGAUACCAUCAUUGAUUUGACCCCAUUAAAUUAAAUUAAUUUUUGGUUUUAUAAACUUUAAUUUAUAUAUAUAUAAAGAGCGUGCAUUCUUAUUUAAUUCUAUACCAAAAGUAAUGUUUUCUGAUUACAAACAAAAAUGUUAUUGAAGUUUGAUCAUGACAGGGAAGAAUGUACAAAUGUGAAAAAUGAACAAUUCAGUCAGAACAUGGACAAAUAAUUUCGGAGAUAAAGAGUUAAAAUGCAGUUUUCACAGUUAGAAUAUCUAGUCUAUGGCCUCCUUCAGUUGCUAAGCGACUAUGUAUCAUCUCAUGGAAAUGGGAUGAAUGCCUGGGCUUUGGCUGUGGUCUGCACGAUGUCGCCCACACAUUAGUUCCCCCCCCCCCCUCCACGCAGCUGAUGUAUCCGAAGCAACGGCAGCUAGAAUAUAUGUCUAUCCAAUAAUCAUAGCAACCAAUUGUGUGUGUGUAUUUGUUGUGUGUUUAUCAUGCCUGGCCCCCUCGACCCGUAUUCCCGACUGUUAACUUACAAUUAAGUAAUGAGUGCAUUCGGUCUGUAACUGGCAAAUGUGAGAUUGUUUUCUUAAAUUCCCAUCUAGCAUUUAACUUGUACUGAAUGUCCAUGACAAAAUAUGCAGGUCGCAACUGAGUUUGUGUGGUCAUGUGAAACUGCACACAUCCUUUACCUUUAGAAUUGUAGACAUUGCUAUUAUUAUUGUAGGCCUACUGAAGUCGCAUCAUCAUCAUCAAAAAUCAUUUCUAAAUUAAUUUGAUCUUUAAUUUUUAAAAAAAAUCAUUGCUUUCGUUCUGUUCUCAUUGUCACACUUAUUGUUAUAAAUUUCAGACCUUAUCUUAUUAUCCUAGAAAUUACGGACCUUACCUUAUCUUAUAAACUACAGAACGCAUCUUAUUUUAUAAAUAACAGACCUUAUCUUAUAAAUUAAAGAACUUAUUUUUUUAGCUUAUACAUUUCAGACAUUUUUCCUCUUAUACAUUACAGACUUUAUCUUAUUUUCUUUUCUUGUAAAUUACAGACCUUUAAUUCUGAUUUUUUUUAUAUAUACUUCAAGUCCCAUGUUUAAAUUUUGUGUGUUUCCAUUUUUGGACCUUAGCAGUGCGUGGGGCCCAGGUCGAGUGUCACAUCAGGGCCACGAAUAUCUGUACGUUGACAAACGAUUUUCUUUAUUGCAAGGCCCCCCCUAAGGCGCGAGGCUUUUGCCCCACUCGCCAAUCCCUUAAGGCCGCCUCUGUCUCCUGGAAUCAGGUUGUAUCAAUAAUGUUCACAUUGUAAAUGUAGAACAACAUGCGUUAUCUCCCUUGUGCUCUGAGUCACCUACCGAUGGGACAAUCAUUGGCAAUUCUUUAAUAAUAAAUAUUAUAACUUUUAUAUAGCGCUACUUUCAUGCUUAUAGCAUGCUCAGGGCGCUGUGGUCCAAUCUCAUUUGUGGACCAGUGGGAAGGAGGGGGGUAUCUGGGAGAAGGUUUUCCGUGCUGCCUUUAGGCGCUCAGUACACAGUUUAGCUUUAUAUAGCGCUACUUUCAUGCUUAUAGCAUGCUCAGGGCGCUAUGGUCCAAUCUCCUUUGUGGACCAGUGGGAAGGAGGGGAGUAUCUGGGAGAAGGUUUUCCGUGCUGCCUUUAGUCGCUCAGUACACAGUUUACAAAUUCGUAGUUGUCACCAACUUAACGCUAUGAGCUCAGCUCAGUUGUUCUUGUUGGUAUUUUAACUCUUUCUCUCCGUAAUUACUUACCACAUUCUGGUGGAGUGAACGUUGGUAUCGUCAGUUAGGAGAGAAAGAGUUAAACCAUUCUCAGUUUAUAACAUCAUUAGCUUAAAUAUUAGAAGGCCCUUAAUUGCAUGCAUUGAAUAUAGGAGCUUUGUUUAAAUAAUCACUUGAGCUAUAUCUUGGGCGUUUACUUUUGUAACAAUUAUGAAUAGUCUAAUUAGUCUAAAUUAAAUUGGACGACGUUUUAUUAUCAUAUGCACACUUUGUCAUUCAUGCUAUGUAUAACUUGUUUAUGAAA